ACAACCGGAAGAACGAGAUAACAUCAUCGACAGGGGCUCCUGCUCGAGCAUUCUCCGUUAAACUUUGCGCCGGCGAGAUCCACCUCGUUAGUUUCCCCCUUGGCAUUUCUCUUAAGAGGCGAACCCCACGCUUUUCUCCUGGUUCGCUUCUGGUUGCAUUGCUUAUUGCUGGCUGGCUGGCGGCCUUGCUCUGGUUCACUCGUUUCUGCUUCUUUUUUUCUGCGUCUCUUCUUCUCCCACCGUCGUUGUUACGGCCUUUUCCCGUGUCAUUCUUUCUAUCCCUUUUUUCCUGCCCGCAGCAACAUGGCGAAAACGCAGGAACCGGUCGCGGAGGAGUCUGGUCUGGCUGAUCCGGGAGAUUCUCAGCUUCUAGCCAAACUGGGCUACAAGCAGGAACUCCGCCGACAGUAUUCCACCGUGCAAAUAUUCGCCGUCGCCUUCAGUAUUAUGGGGCUGGUGCCUUCGAUCGCAUCGACCAUUGCUUUCUCGUUACCUGCCGGUCCGGCCGGUAUGGUCUGGGGUUGGUUCACCGCGAGUAUCCUCAUUUUCUUCGUUGGAUUGGCAUUGGCGGAUAUGGCCUCUGCGAUGCCCACAGCCGGCGGUCUCUACUGGUGGACGCACUAUUUCGCCGGCGGAAAAUACAAGAACGCGCUGAGCUUCCUGGUCGGGUAUAGCAAUACCCUGGGAUUAAUCGGGGGAAUGUGUUCGGUGGACUAUACCCUCGCCCUCAUGCUUCUCGCCUGCAUCUCCAUCGCGCGCGACGGCACCUGGUCCGCCUCCAACGGCGCUGUCUACGGUGUAUACGUCGGAAUUAUCAUCGUGCACGCCGUCUGUGCCAUCUUCUCCGGCUCCAUCAUGCCGCGCAUCCAGACCUUCUGCAUCUACGUCAACAUCGGUAUGAUCAUUGCCACUGUGAUCGCCCUGCCCGUCGGCAAAGUCACGCGCGGCGAAUCUCUGAACCCGGGAACGUACGUCUACGGCCAUGUGGAUAACCUGACGACGUGGCCGACGGGGUGGAGUUUCGUACUGGCCUUCCUAGCGCCUAUCUGGUCGAUCGGGUUCUUCGACUCGUGCAUCCACAUGAGCGAGGAGGCGCUGCAUGCCGCGAAGGCCGUGCCUUUGGGGAUUAUCUGGUCGGCUGGGUGUGCCUGCGUGUUGGGCUUUCUGGUGCUCUCGAUCAUCGCCGCGGUUAUGAAUCAGGAUGUGAAUGCGACGUUGAACUCGGUUUAUGGACAGCCGAUGGCUCAGGUCUACUACGACGCGCUCGGCAAGAGAGGUGCCCUCGGCUUCAUGGGCGUUCUCAUCGUCAUCCAAUUCCUCAUCGGUCUCAGUCUUAUCGUCGCUGCAUCCCGACAAGUCUGGGCUUUCUCUCGUGACGGCGCCCUCCCCUUCUCCGGCUACUUCCGCCACGUCAGCAAACGCGUCCGCUUCCAGCCCGUGCGCGCCAUCUGCGGCCUCGUCGUCGUCUGCAUCAUUUUCGGCCUGCUGUGUCUGAUCAACUCGGUCGCCGCCAACGCGCUGUUCUCGCUCUUCAUCGCCAGCAACUACGUCGCCUGGGGCACGCCCAUCCUGUGCCGGCUCGUUUGGAAGGAGCGCUUCGUGCCGGGCGAGUUCUACACCGGGUGGGCGAGCCGUGGCAUCGCGGCGGUCGCGGUCGCCUGGUUGGCGUUUGGGCUGGUGCUGUCGAUGUUCCCGAGCACGGGGCCGAAUCCGAGUCCAUCGGAUAUGAACUACACGAUUGUCAUCAACGGUUUCGUCUGGGUUGCCUGCAUGACGUAUUACUUCCUGUUCGCGAGGAAGUGGUACACGGGUCCUAAGAUGACGGUCGAUGAGUCUUCGUCGACGUAUUCGGGCCAUUCGGGGCCGGAGAAGGAGCGGGAUUAAGUGCUAUAUUAUUUUGCUUAUAUUAUGUACUCUGUAUAGACCGUUGAUUUCGUACAUAGCGUAAUAUAAAAUUUGAUCUGUUUCA